AUAAAUAAGUUGAUUCUAAUAACCACAAUUAAUUAAAGCUCUAAAAAAUGAUUCCACAAUUUACAAUAUUUCAUAUCAUCAUUUUAAUUAUCAUAUCUCCCAUAUCUCCACCACAUGCAUAUGCACAACUAGAAGAUGUAAUCAUAGCACAAAAUGGUUGUAAUUCAACAUGUGGAGAAAUUUCAAUCCCUUUUCCAUUUGGAAUGAAUGAACCUCAUUGCUAUGUACACGAAUGGUUUGAAAUAGAAUGCAAAUCAAACAAACCUUACUUGAAGUCUUUAAAUCUUGAGGUAACAUAUUUUGAUGAGAGAUCAGACUUAGUUCAGAUUAUGAAUCCAAUUUACCGUUCCAAUUGUCGACAUAACAAAACUAGUAGCAACGAUAAUAAAACCGUUACCAUAAACCUUAGAGAUAGUCCUUUCGUAUAUUCUCAAGGCGAGAAUACAUUUCUAGCUGUUGGAUGUAACAAUCUAGCUUUUCUUCAAUCAAAUGGAACAAAGAUCGGUGGUUGUGUAACAAUAUGUGACGAUGACAACAAUAACAAUAAUUUCAAUAUUGAUAGCGACGGUUGUAAUGGAAGGUAUUGUUGUAAGACUUCGUUACCUUCGCAUCUUUCAGAGUUCAAUGCAACAUUACAAGGUUUAAGCGAAGAUAGAAGUAAUGGUUGUAGUUAUGCUUUGGUUGCAAGUGAUUAUUGGAUAUCUUUUGAUAGUUCUUAUAUGACUACUUAUUCGAUUGAGAAAUUGAAUGAGUUGAAGAAUAUGGAGUAUGCUCCGGCAUUGCUUGAGUGGGAGAUUUUGAAUAAUAUGUUGACUAAACAAACAUCUCAACAUCCUUCAAAUUCAAUUUGUUAUGACUCUAAUGUUACAUCUUUAAGUAACAGAACCACCGGUCGGCAAUGUCGAUGCUCCUUGGGUUACACGGGUAAUCCCUACGUUUCUGGAGGCUGCACAGAAAUUCCGGGAUUCUUCGAUAAAAAUAACCGGUCAAAGAAGUGGGCUAUUGUAGGAGUUUCAUCAAGUCUCGGAUCAAUCGGUCUCCUCAUUGGUCUAUGGUUUUUGCAUAAAGAUAUGAAGAAAAGAAUGAUAAAGAAACGAAAAGAAAAAUUCUUCAAAAGAAAUGGUGGUUUGCUGUUAAAACAACGAAUGUCUUCCGGAGAAGUAAAUGUUGAUAGAACUGCUCUCUUCACCUUAAAGGAUUUAAAAAAAGCCACAGAAAAUUUCAAUAAGAACAGAGUUCUAGGAAAAGGAGGCCAAGGUACAGUUUACAAAGGCAUGCUAGUAGAUGGUAAAAUUGUUGCAGUGAAAAAGUUUAAGGUCGAAGGAAAGGUUGAAGAGUUCAUCAAUGAGUUUGUUGUUCUUUCACAAAUCAAUAACAGAAAUGUUGUCAAGUUAUUAGGAUGUUGUUUGGAGACAGAAAUUCCACUGCUUGUUUAUGAAUUCAUUCCUAAUGGUAAUCUUUUCGAGUACUUGCAUGACCAAAAUGAGGACAUACCGAUGACAUGGGACAUGCGUUUGAGAAUCGCAACUGAAAUUGCAGGAGCUUUAUUUUACCUACAUUCAAUUGCAUCUCAACCGAUUUAUCAUAGAGACGUUAAAUCAACAAAUAUACUAUUGGACGAAAAGUAUAGAGCGAAAUUAGCAGAUUUUGGAACAUCGAGAAUAAUUUCAAUUGAAGCCACUCAUCUUACCACAGUGGUUCAAGGUACUUUUGGUUACUUAGACCCUGAAUAUUUUCAUACCAGUCAAUUUACCGAGAAAAGUGAUGUGUACAGCUUCGGAGUAGUUCUUGCUGAACUUUUAACUGGUAAGAAGCCAGUAUUCUCUGUAGGAUCAGGGGAAUUCCAAAAUUUAGCUUCGUAUUUUGUUCAGUGUAUAGAGGACAAUAUGUUGUUUGACAUUGUUGACGAAAGGGUCACAAAAGAAGGGGAGAAAGAACAUAUCACUGCAGUUGCAAAUCUUGCAUAUAGAUGCUUUGAGUUGAAUGGAAGAAAACGACCAACAAUGAAAGAAGUUACCUUAGAAUUGGAAGGGAUUAGGGGAUUGAAUAAGAAGCUUAAUGUACAACAAAACCAUGAAGAAAUUGAGCUUGCAGGAAUUGAAGAGUACCAACAUUGGGAUGGAUUUUCUGCAUCAAAUUCAUUGCCAUUUGUUGACAGCCAAACAUACUCCACAGACUCCGAGGUUAUGCAUAUUAUUGCAUUGAAGUAGUUGGUUUGUUUGUUUGCUUCAUUUUUUGUAUUGAUUAUUGUAACAUGUAUUACAAACAAGAGUUUGUUUAGUCUUUUAAGAUCAGAUAGCGUGAUAGUUAUGGAUAGUGUAAAGUGUUGAUGUGUUUGUUAAAUCUUUUAUCUCCAAGAGGUCUUUUACUCUUUCCAACCUUCUGCAUUAAGAUAUUUCUUAAUCUUGUACAUUUUAAAUUUAUAACUUACGUGAUUAAUGUUAACAAUGGUGAACAUAUAGAUAGAAAUAGAGAGGAUGAAGAACAAAGGAGAACACACUUUAGCUUAGACUUUCGAGUUUCGAUCAUAUGA